AUGUCAUCUGCUGCCUCGAAUCCAUGUAGCCCUAAUCCAGUGGACAAGCCAGCAGUUAAAAGGAAUUCAGAAGACAUAGGGUGGGAGUAUGGAACCCUUGUUAAUCCAGCUGAUUUGAAUGUGAUAAAGUGCAAGCUAUGUCCUAUGGUUGUGAAGGCAGGGAUUUAUAGGCUCAAGCUACAUAUUGCUAGCAUAAAAGGCCAAGUCCGAUCAUGCCCCAAUGCAACUCCGGAGGAUAGAGAGAAGUGCAAGAAAGCUAUUGGAGACUCAAGAAAAGCUAAAAUUGCUAGGCUAUUAGAAAAACAAGAUGUCAUAGAUGCUGUUGCGAAUGAGAUGGACACAGAUGAUGGCACGGGUCUUGAUGAUCUUGGCAGCUCUCAACCACGGGCAGUGGGAAUACCUUUCAACACAAUAAAUUGUGAUGAGUUUGAUCAAGUGUUGGAAGCUGCUAGCCGCUUUGGUCCAGGUGCAAAGAAGCCUUAUCAACAUGAGCUGCGGGAGAAGCUACUACAUGAGGAAGUAGAGGAUACAAAAAAGAUAGUUAAAGAUCAAGCAGAAGAAUGGAAAAGAACUGGGUGCUCUCUUAUGACUGAUGCAUGGAUUGAUCAAAAGAGGAGGAGUAUAAUGAACUUGUGUAUUAAUUGUUGCAUUGGAACAUCUUUUGUUCAGUCAAAGGAACUCUCAGCUGAGUCACACACAGGGGAAUUCAUUUUUGAGUUCGUGGACAACUUUAUUGAGAAGUUUGGGGAUGGCAAGAAGCACAUUGUGCAAGUGGUCACAGACAAUGCUGCAAACAAUAUGGCAGCAAAGGAUAUGCUUUAUGUCAAGAGACCCAAUCUAUUUUGGACUUCAUGUGCAACCCACACUAUAAACCUAGUGCUUGAAGGAAUUGGGAAGAUGAGAAAGUUCAAGAACACACUUGAUUCAGCAAAAAGUCUAACCAUCUUUAUUUAUGCCCACCACAAGACAUUGUCUCUAAUGAGGAAAUUCACAAAGAAAAGAGACAUUGUUAGGCCCGGUGUGACCAGAUUUGCUUCCGCUUUUCUCACUUUGCAAAGCUUGUAUGAGAAGAAAGAUCAGCUAAGGAUGAUGUCCCAAAGCGAGGAAUGGGAGAAAAUUAGACAUGUCAAGAAAAGUGCCAAAGGUGUACAAGCUAUAGCCACAUUAGUGAAGUCUAGUUUUUGGAAUGGUGUUUCUCUUUGCUUAAGAGUAUUUGAGCCGUUAGUUAACGUUCUUCGCAUGGUUGAUGGAGAUACUAAACCAUCAAUGCCUUGGCUUUAUGGUGAAAUUCUUAAGGCUAAGGAAGAAAUUAGAAUAGCUGUUGGAAAUAUGGACAAGAAUGGGACUGGUUUGUACAAGAGCAUAAUAGAAAAUGUGGAUGAAAAAAUGAAGAAACGGUUGGACUGUCCUAUUCACAUGGCUGCAUAUUGCUUAAACCCUUACUAUAGCUACAGCAAGCCCUCUAUCUUUCACAAUGAGGAUGUCAUAGAUGGGUUUUUUGCUGCUGUUGAAACAUUCUACCAUCGUGACUAUGACAAGCAAACUCAAGUGCUCAAUGAAGACUUCCAUAAGUUCAAAGAUAAAGUUGGACAUUUUGGUAAAAAUGUAGCUCAGUUGGGCUGCAAGGAUUAUAAUUUCAGUCCAGAUAUUUAA